UGCAUUUAAUUCACAAUGUUUCCACAGAAAGGGUGAGAAGAGGAAUAUGUGCUGUGCUUGGGAAUGUUCUGAUACGGAUAGCGGAAUCACUGAUGAUAAUGCAUUUCAUCAAUACCGGGAGGCUAAACAGAAAGUUAGGCACAAAUGCAGUUACUUGGAUGAGAAGAACUUCAUUUUGUCCCCUCAUUUAUUUGCUCAGCCCAGGUCGUGUGUAUCUGCAGCAAAUGAUGCAUCAUAUGGAGCAAACUCAAGAUGGAAAGCAUCACAAAUCACUCGUGUUCCUGCCAACCUGGAUGUGAACAUUACCAGUGAGAGAUCAAGUGCACCAGACCUGAGCUGUGUACCCAUAAAUCCCAGUGAUUCAAAGACCCAGAGACAAAAAAUUGUCAGUGAGAACUCAAUGCAAGUACAUAUUGUAGAGGUGAGCAGGGUUCUGCCAAUGAUAGAGUGGAUUCCGGAAACAUCUCAUGAGCAAAUGACGGUGGAAACCAAAGCCUGGAGGUGUGCAGGAUUUGUCACAGCAAACCAUGAAACAAGGAGUUCUGAAGCUCUUUGGAAAGAGGCAUCUAGGCAAAAACUUAAAUGGAGCCAUGGGCGCCUGGCUAAGGCGGCCCACCUUGGGUCAUCAUUGCCUGCCAAUGGCCUGCCAACCGCAGCCAGACACAGGGUGGUGAUCCAGAGAGUAGCACGAAUAAGAGGUUACAGAGGGACUCGGAUGCAGGGCAGCCAUGGGGAACGGAAGCUCGAACCGUUACCAAAUCACAAAGACCUGCGCAAUAUCUACAGUCUGUCAGCACUACAAAAUCAGUAUGAAUGUCUCUGUAGUCCUUUCCAACCACGGUUGAAACACAGUGCAGUGGGAGACCAGCAAGAUGCCGCACAGAACAUUGACAGGAAACAGGAAGGACAGCGGAGAGAGUUUUCAGAUGCGAUUGGGGACAUUCGGUGUCAGUCAAGAUGCAGGAAGAACGCAGAAUCCCCUCCAACUCCACACCAUGUCACUUUUUCUCAUAUUUUACAGGUUCUCCAGAGUAAACCAGGCAAUUUUUCAGAGUUCAUGGGCCAGAGAUGCCACAGGGCUCUUUAA